CGAGGCCUGCAGGCCAGCUGGCCCUGAGGAGUACUGGCUAUGGCAAGGAAGGCGUGCUUUGGCUCCAGUAGAGGGCCUGUGACGGGCAGAGACCGCACCUGUGUGCUCUGGGCUCUGGCCUGGACUAGCGAUCUGGCCGGACUGCGGUGGCCUUUGAGGCCCCACACCCACAUACGCCCAGGCCUUCCUCUAGGCUGGCGGAGGUCGAGGAGCUCAAUGGGCAGCCCAGGGCAAGGGCAGACUGUGGGGCCCUGCUCGCCAUUCUGCCCCCCUUGGAGAGAAGCUGAAAGGUAAGUGGGCUUUCUGUGUGGCUUUGACAGAGGAGAGCCCUGGGGUGGCCAGUCUCACCAUCCCAGAGACGCUCUCUGGAGGGUCUGGGGCUCCUACUCUUGCCUGAAUGUGUCUCUCCCCUGCCUUCCAUAUACAUAGCUGGUUGGAGAAAUAAAUUGGUCGGCUGCCAACGUGAUAUGAGCCAGCUUGGAUAACAUGUAAAGAUUUCAAUUUAACGUAUUUUUUUUCCGUCUUAGUGCCUACAGAAGCUAGAAGUAAAAUGUUUUUUGGCUUUUAAGCUAAGAAAUCAAAUUCUCUCAUUGGCUGGGACAAUUAUUAGAUUGAAAAUCCAGGUCAAGACAUAACAAAUAAUAAUAGUAAACUGACACCAACCCCAACACUGUGUGAGACAUGGAGGAAUGAAAGAAAAAUAUAAAUGUAAACAUUUAUCAACACCUCCAAACCAGUUGUUUUCAUCUUAAUUAAUAACUAGCUGAAAAGCAAUCCAAAAAAUAACUCAGACAUGAUAUUCUUCAGUUUUUAAAAAUUCCCUUUUUAUUUUUUGACUCUUGUGUUUUCAUUUUCACCUCUUGAAUCAUUUCCCUGAAGAAAUAAAUGUAAGGGAAAUGUCAAAUUCUAUCUUCUCCUUCGAGGACCUUCUUUAUAUGCAAAGGAAAAACUUUCCCGGCUGGACUGACUGGGGCUCAGGCACAAAGCUUCCAGGUGCAGCCCACAUCUGCAAGAAAGCAGCAGCCUUCCAGGGUGCCCUCUUGGGUGGAAGCCAACCUUAGGCUAGUCCUUUCCCAAUUUUUUCCCUUUGGAGAAAGGGAAGUCAGGGAAAAAAUCGAAAAGCAAGGAAGAGAUUAGUCCUUACCAGAUUCCUAAGGGAUCAUUGUCAAUUGCCACCUCCCCCCUAAAGUCCUGAACAGCCUGUGUUGGCCAGGGUUUUACAGAUCUUAUAAACAGUCUCCAGAAAUCCAACCACAUAGCGUAAAUAGUCUUUCUUCAACCUCCACAGAAUUGAGGAUUUUAAAGCUAAUUCAAGGGAUUUUACAAGCCCAACAAACAGUCGUAAAAAUGCCAUUGGGCCGAUAUCACAUUUUACAAAAACGAGAUUGAUCCGUGUGUUGUAAAAGUCAGCUAUCUGGAAGGCACACCUCUCAGGCAAGAGAGAGCAGUCCAGGACAGGCUUUUCAUGUCCUAUCUGGGGACGGCCAGGCCUGGACAGUGGUAAAACAAUUCAGGAUUUCUGGAGCCAGUAAGACAACUAUUCCCUAUUCCCGGUUCUGGAGCUACUGCGGAUGGUAGCCCUCGGAGCAAUCUCAGGAAGGGCAGGAAAGAGGCCGAGCCCCAGGACAGUACUGGCUGUCGGGCACCCCCGGAAACCAAGCCCAUCAAUUAUCUCUCUGGCCUUGGGCCCCAGCAAGCUGCCCUCUGUGCUCUGCUCAGCCAGGGGCCCUGCUUCUCCUGCACCUCUGGAAUGAGGGCAGAGAGAUUCCACAGCUGGAUUUUUAACUGUAUCAGCUCUGAGCGGUUUGAACAGAGGAUGGCGAGUCCCUGGGGUGCUGUUUAAGGGGAGCAGGUCCCAAAGCUGGCUUCGGAGCCCAGUCUCACAGCUGCUCCUGUCGGUCCUUUCUCCUUGAAAUUAGUGGUUUCUGGCCUCUCAAUUCCCUGAGUUCAAGGACAGGAUGGGGGUGCCUAGCUGGAGAGGGUGCUUUGAGGAUGGGCAGGCACAGGCCAUUGCAGGAGUGCCCAUGGGGACUCAGACAAAACGUUGCGAGAGAAGGGUACUGGAGGGAUGAGCGUUAUGUUUGGCUUAGUCCUGGUGAGCUUGAGGUGAGCUUCAGCUCUUGACUGCAAGGCCCAAGCCGCUGGUGAAAGUGGGGAAUGAGAGAAUAAGGGGGUUCACUGAUUCCUAAGGCACAGGAUGAAGGGCAAGGAGUAAAGGCUUGGUUUCUUGGAGCCCCUUCACCAGCUCAGGAACCCGCACCCAGGAGUAAGGGAGUGCAGGAGAGGUAACUCAGGACCCUGCCUGGAGUGCAGGCCGGCAGGGAGUAAAGCCACCCUUGUCACUACCCCUCCUGGCACGGGACUGUCAGGUUUCCUGUUUGGAGGGAAAAAAUAGCAAAAUCCAACAAGGCAAAAAGGGGAGGAGGAAAGAGCGGGCCUGGCGGGGUCUAGGUGGCGGCCCAGGCACUACCCCGGCUCGAUCUGUGCGCCCCUGCACGGGCCGUGCCCGCCGCUGGCGUUCGGGAGGAGAGCGGGGCCGGCUGGCUGUGAGCGCCCAUUAAUCUGCCGGGCGGGCGGCGGGCGGCGGGCGGCAGGCUGGGGGCUGUUUGUAACUUUGCUGCCUCGGUCGCCGCGGUCCCCGGGGAGCGGGCUCCGGCGCUCGCUCCCAUUGGCCGCCGCCGCGUCAGCUGGUGCGAUUUGCUGCUGUCGCUUUUGGCGUUCGGCCAUCCAGAAACAAACCAGUUCGAUGACUACUAAUAGUUAUAGCCAGAUGUACUAAUACACAACAAAUCACAGUCCUGCAGAGGGGCGCGCAAAUGAGUUCCUAUUUUGUGAAUCCCACUUUCCCCGGGAGCCUGCCCAGCGGCCAGGACUCCUUCUUGGGCCAGCUGCCCCUCUACCAGGCCGGCUAUGACGCGCUAAGGCCCUUCCCGGCCUCGUAUGGGGCGUCGAGCCUCCCGGACAAGACGUACACCUCACCUUGUUUCUACCAACAGUCCAACUCGGUCCUGGCCUGCAACCGGGCGUCCUACGAGUACGGGGCCUCAUGUUUCUAUUCUGAUAAGGACCUCAGUGGCGCCUCGCCCUCGGGCACUGGCAAGCAGAGGGGCCCUGGGGACUACCUGCACUUUUCUCCCGAGCAGCAGUACAAACCCGACAGCAGCAGCGUGCAGGGCAAAGCCCUCCAUGACGAAGGCGCCGACCGGAAGUACACAAGCCCCGUUUACCCUUGGAUGCAGCGGAUGAACUCCUGCGCGGGUGCUGUGUACGGGAGCCAUGGGCGCCGAGGCCGCCAGACCUACACGCGCUACCAGACGCUGGAGCUGGAGAAGGAGUUCCACUUCAACCGCUACCUGACGCGGCGCCGCCGCAUCGAGAUCGCCAAUGCGCUCUGCCUCACCGAGCGCCAGAUCAAGAUCUGGUUCCAGAACCGCCGCAUGAAGUGGAAAAAGGAAAAUAAGCUCAUCAACUCCACGCAGCCCAGCGGGGAGGACUCUGAGGCAAAGGCGGGCGAGUAGACUCCUGGGCAGGGACCAGGCCAGCGCAGCAACCUUCUUCGGCUUUGCCUCUCGCGCUCGCCUGCUCCCCAACUUUUCUCCCCGCCUGCUCCCAUCAGAGGCGUCCGCAGCUUCAGAAGAGCCCGGCGCGCCUGAGCAUUUAUUUCUUACAAACAAAAAACAAAACAAAAACCACACACACAGCCAAUACCAGUAGUGGAGCAGGGCGCACUGUACACGCACAGUCCCGCUGCACAGGCUGCCCAAACCGGCCCGGGGUUCCGGAACGCGCCCCAAAUUCGCCCUGGGCUCCUGUGUUAGCGCUUCAGCGCUCCCCGAGCUUGGGACGCGGGGUAGCUGGGGACGCGGGAUUGCUGGGCAGAGCCCCGUUUCCUGUCUGGGCGUCUCCGCCUCACUCCCUCGCCAGUAAGUCCCGAAGGGCAUCACCAAAUCCUCUCUGGCCACUGGAAAGAGGGAGUCUAAGGGCUGAGGCUCCAGCCUUGUCGCGGCCUCCAGGAUGCCCCCUAAACACGAAAAAGGUCAUGGAACAAAGGGGGCCCCCCUGACAGAGCCAAGUCUCUCGCCAGGCGCGCAACAGUCAGUGGAAGAGAAGCAGCCUCAGCCGAGUGGAGCUAACCUGGGCGCGGGUGGAACAUUACAGCUAGCGGGAGCGACUGGGCUCCCUCAGGCUCCGGGCUCCCGAUUCCAGUUCCCUGCCUCCGACUGCGCCCGCGUCACCACCACAGCAGCUUUCAGGACCCAACAAGGGGGCCCAGGGCCAUGGGAGCGGCCAGAAUCCCGGCUUCCAAAUGUGCCAGGAGCGCCUGCGACGCUGGGCCUCCAGCGGGGAGACUCUCCUUGCCUCUCGGAUACAUUUGUGGUUUACUUUCGUCUUUCAAAGCCCAGGAAAAUAACUACAGAGAUGCCACGCACGGCCACGAAAUGCUUCCAUUAGCGCCCUCAUUUUACUUUUGGAGGUCUAAGCAAGCCCCCAAUAACUUGGCCCACGGACCCCCAGACCCCAAGCAGCCUCUGUGGCCGCGGGGAGUCUGGGCCCACUCCCUGGGUUCAAGGAGAACCCUCCGACUUGGGGCCUGGUUGGCUCGAGGAACGGGACCCUGUGGUGAAGAUUCUCCAGGCUGGAUACGUAAGCAAAUCAAAUAGCAAACUAAUGACACGAAAACCAUAUUUACAUGAAAGAAAAAUCGACUACGGUUAUAAAAGUGUAUGGAAUUUGACCUCGCCUCGGAGAAACACUACACAAAAGCUAUCUUUAAUAGACGCCUGUCAUUUAAGAGCGGCAGGGACACUGUCCCUCAUGCGCGCUCGCAAAAACAGAGCUGUAAUUGUAGCUGCUGCUGCGGGCAGGAUUUAUUUCUCCAAUUGGCUAAAUGGCUUCCCCCCCUCUUUCCCGAAGGUGAGAUCUGUAUUUUCAAAAUUCAGAGCUGCCAGCAGGACGAGCAGAACCGACCCCAGCCUCGACACAAAAAUAAGAUGGGCUGCAAAGCAGAGGGGAGAGGGGGGAAUAAAGUUGUUGUAAAUAAAAUGCAAGUCACCACCUCCCCCCCCAUCCUCUGCAUCCUCGCCCGGCGCGCGAUCGGCAGCUGACGGCCUAACAAUUGGUACAUCCUAAUGGAACUGCGAGGGAAAUGCAAUAAUUUUGCCAUAAUGGGCUGUAACCUCAAUUCGACCCCGGCCCUUGCAGCCCUGGGUCGGAAGCGGGGCGAUGAGCCAUGCCUCCAGCGGGUGGCGCUCGAGUCCGACUGAACAGCGGCGGCGAGGGGCGGGCACGCGCCCGGGGCGCGCGCGCCACCCUUCUCGCCUCCACCCAACUCCCCCAUUAGUGCACGAGUUUACCUCUAGAGGUCAUCAGGCAGGAUUUACGACUGGACAACAAAAGCACGUGAUUCGAAGUCGUACCCCAUAUUUGGGUGCCUACGUAGGAGGGAACCAAGUACAUGUCCCAGUCAUUUCCAUAAUUCAUCAUAAAUUGUGCAAGGGUGCUAUAGACGCACAAACGACCGCGAGCCACAAAUCAAGCACACAUAUCAAAAAACAAAUGAGCUCUUAUUUUGUAAACUCAUUUUGCGGUCGCUAUCCAAAUGGCCCGGACUACCAGUUGCAUAAUUAUGGAGAUCAUAGUUCCGUGAGCGAGCAAUUCAGGGACUCGGCGAGCAUGCACUCCGGCAGGUACGGCUACGGCUACAAUGGCAUGGAUCUCAGCGUCGGCCGCUCGGGCUCCGGCCACUUUGGCUCCGGAGAGCGCUCCCGCAGCUACGCGGCCGGCGCCACCACGGCGCCCGCCGAGCCCAGGUACAGCCAGCCGGCCACGUCCACGCACUCGCCUCCGCCCGACCCGCUGCCCUGCUCCGCCGUGGCCCCCUCGCCCGGCAGCGACAGCCACCACGGCGGGAAAAACUCCCUGGGCAACUCCAGCGGCGCCUCGGCCAACGCCGGCAGCACCCACAUCAGCAGCAGAGAGGGGGUUGGCACGGCGUCCGGAGCCGAGGAGGACGCCCCUGCCAGCAGCGAGCAGGCGAGUGCGCAGAGCGAGCCGAGCCCGGCGCCGCCCGCCCAACCCCAGAUCUACCCCUGGAUGCGCAAGCUGCACAUAAGUCAUGACAACAUAGGCGGCCCAGAAGGCAAAAGGGCCCGGACGGCCUACACCCGCUACCAGACCCUGGAGCUGGAGAAAGAGUUCCACUUCAACCGCUACCUGACCCGCCGAAGAAGAAUUGAAAUAGCCCAUGCUCUUUGCCUGUCCGAGAGACAAAUUAAAAUCUGGUUCCAAAACCGGAGAAUGAAGUGGAAAAAAGAUAAUAAGCUGAAAAGCAUGAGCAUGGCGGCGGCGGGAGGGGCCUUCCGCCCCUGAGUAUUUGAGCGUAUAAAGUACUGAGCAGUAUUAGCGGAUCCCGCGUAGUGUCAGUACUAAGGUGACUUUCUGAAACUCCCUUGUGUUCCUUCUGUGAAGAAGCCCUGUUCUCGUUGCCCUAAUUCAUCUUUUAAUCAUGAGCCUGUUUAUUGCCAUUAUAGCGUCUGUAUAAGUAGAUCUGCUUUCUGUUCAUCUCUUUGUCCUGAAUGGCUUUGUCUUGAAAAAAAAAAUAGAUGUUUUAACUUAUUUAUAUGAAGCAAGCUGUGUUACUUGAAGUAACUAUAACAAAAAAGAGAAAAAAAACACACAAAAAGUACCCCUUCAAUCUCGUUUAGUGCCAAUGUUGUGUGUUGCACUCGAGUUGUUUAACUGUGCAUGUGCGUGGAAGUGUUCCUGUCUCAAUAGCUCCAAGCUGUUAAAAAUAUUUUUAUUCAAACUACCUAUAUUCCUUGUGUAAUUAAUGCUGUUGUAGAGGUGACUUGAUGAGACGCAACUUAACUUGUUCGACGUGUAGUGACUAGUGACUCUGUGACAAAAACUGUGACUCCAAGCGGUGUGUCCCUGCGUGCCUUUGUAGGACCCUUUGCACGAACUCUGGAAGUGGCUCUUAUAAGCUCAGCUUCAGUGAUGUAUGUUUUUGUGAACAAAGUUACAAAUAUUGUCCAAGUCUGGCUGUUUAAGCAAACUGUGAUCAGCUUUUUUUUUUUUCUUUUUUGGUAUUUGUUUUUAAGGAAAAAAUACUGACUGGAAACAAAAAAUAAACUUUCUAUUGUAAGUUC